UCGGAGGCGUCACUGGUAACAUAGAAAUGGCGAGUGGGGUCAGCGAUCUUAAGGACAGGGACCGUGGUGAUGGUUUGCUUGAGUAAGCCGAAAGCAUGUUGGCAACGAUCGUUCAAAUUGAAGGGCUCGUCCUUGCGGGUGAGUUCAUGGAAAGGUUAAGCGACCUCAAAAAAGUUGCGAAUGAACGGGGGGUAAUAGUUGGCAAGGCCGAGGAAGGAACGGAGUUGGAGGAGGGUCUUGGGCGGGGGGUACUCGACGAGGGUUGUGACCUUCGAGGGUUCCGUACGGAUGCCUUCAGCGGAGACAAUGUGGCCGAGGUAUUCGACGCUCGAAGCGGCAAACGUACAUUUGCUGCGCUUGGCGUAAAAUUUCUGCUCUCGGAGGAUAGAGAGGACUUGGGGAAUAUGUUGGAGGUGGGACUCGAAGGUGGGGCUAAAGAUGAGGAUGUCAUCAAGGUACAUGAUGACACAGACUUCGAGGACGUCACGAAAGAUGUGAUUCAUGGCGCACUGAAAUGUGGCGGGGGCAUUGGUGAGUCCGAAAGGCAUUACGAGGAACUCAUAGUGCCCGAACGGAAAGCGAAAUGCGGUCUUACGGGUGUCCUACUCGCGGAUACGGAUCUGGUGGAAGCCACUACGAAGGUCAACCUUGGUGAAAUAUUUGGCUCCACAAAGUCGAUCAAGGAGCUUGGUGAUCCGAGCCGAUCGAGUCGAGCUUGUUCCUCAACAACAUUGGAGAAGGUGACAGAGGAUGGAUUUGGAAGGAGGGUGGAGGAGCACGAAGCAAUGGGGGGCGUCUCAAGUGAUGAAGGUUGCGACACCUCGGGGUCAUCCGAUGGAGAGGGUGUCACCGGGGAGGGGGGAGGCAAACGAAUUGUCGAUGCCAAAUGGGUCGUCGGUGGGGCGGGAGAUGUCACCGACGUGUUGGUUGGCAGACGAGUUGUCGAUGUCGGGACGAGGUCCUGGGACUAUGUUCAGGACGAGGAGGGACCCGCGGUUGUGGAGGGGGGUGACGUGGAGGUUGCGGGUCGAUGGGCCAAGGAUUGGUGGGUGAACUGUCCAGCAUUGGGGCAGUCGGGGGAGGUCAACUCGUUCGAGGAGGUGGUGGAGGUGGUGUCCUCGGAGGCGAUGUUGUGGAAGAAGCGAGGCGGGGAGGGGCCGAUGCGGGCGAAGAAGGCGAAGACGGGUGGCGAAGGCGAAGGCGAAGAAGAAGAAAAAGAAGGCGAAGGCGAAGGCGGCGGCGAAGGCGUAGAAGGCGAAGAAGGAGAAGAAGGAGAAGGAGAAGGAGAAGAAGGAGAAGAAGGAGAAGGAGGAGGAGAAGGAGAAGGAGAAGGCGAAGAAGAAGGCGAAGGCCAAGAAGGCGAAGGCCAAGAAGGGGAAGGCGAAGAAGAAGGCGAAGAAGAAGGCGAAGAAGGCGAAGGAGGAGGAGGAGGAGAAGGAGGAGAAGGAGGAGAAGCAAGAAGAAGGAAGGAAGAAGCGGCGAAGGCGGCGAAGAAGGCGAAGGCGAAGGUGAAGGCGAAGAAGGCGAAGGCGAAGAAGGCGAAGAAGGCGAAGGCGAAGGCGAAGAAGGCGAAGGCGAAGAAGGCGAAGGCGAAGAGGGCGAAGGCGAAGAAGAAGGCGAAGGCAAAGGCGAAGAAGAAGGCUAAGGCGAAGAAGCCGAAGGCGAAGAAGGCGAAGGUGAAAAAGGCAAAGGCGAAGAAGGCGAAGAAGGCAGCGAAGAAGAAGAAGGCAGCGAAGAAGAAGGCGAAGAAGAAGGCGAACACGAGGAAGGCAGCGAAGAAGAAGGCGAAGACGAAGAAGGCAGCGAAGGCGAAGAAGGCGAAGGAGAAGGCGAAGAAGAAGAAGGCGAAGAAGAAGGCGAAGAAGAAGAAGGCUAAGGCGAAGAAGAAGAAGGCUAAGAAGAAGAAGGCGAAGAAGGCAAAGAAGGCGAAGAAGGCAAAGGCGAAGAAGGGGGCGAAGGCGAAGAAGGCAAGGAAGGCGAAGAAGGCGAAGAAGGCGAGGAAGAAGAAGAAGAAGAAGAAGAAGAAGAAGAAGGCGAAGAAGUCGAAGAAGAAGAAGGCGAAGAAGGCGAAGAAGGGGAAGAAGGCGAAGAAGGCGAAGAAGAAGAAGGCGAAGAAGACGAAGAAGAAGAAGGUGAAGGCAAAGGCGAAGGCGAAGAAGGCGAAGAAGGCGAAGAAGAAGGCGAAGAAGGCGAAGGCGAAGAAGGCGAAGAAGGCGAAGAAAGAGAAGAAGGCAGCGAAUAAGGCGAAUAAGGCGAAGAAGGCGAAAAAGUCGAAGGCGAAGAAGGCGAAGAAGGCAAAGAAGGCAAAGGCGAAGAAGGCGGCGAAGGCGAAGAAGAAGGCGAAGAAGAAGGAGGCGAGGAAGAAGGCGAAGACGAAGAAGAAGAAGAAGAAGAAGAAGGCGAAGAAGAAGAAGGCGAAGAAGAAGAAGAACAAGGCGAAGAAGGCGAAGGAGAAGAAGAAGGCGUAGAAGAAGAAGAAGAAAGAAGAAGGCGAAGGCGAAGAAGGCAAAGGCGAAGAAGGCAAAGAAGGCG